AUGAACUUACGUUUGGUAGGAGUGACGUUAUUGCUUAUCAACUUUACUCUGGGGAUCCAAGGAAAGGAUACACCAAAGCAGGCUCGCAAAUCAGGGAGGAUAUGGGGUAAGUGGUUAAGGUGCAAUGUGUCCUGUGGAAAAGGUUGGCAAUCUCGUGUAUGUCUGAAGACCCACGCAGAAUGUAACGGUCACAUGACAGAAAGGAGGAUUUGCAACAUGAAGCCUUGUCCAGAACCAGAUGAAGGCAAAUGGUCCCAGUGGCAGCCUUAUUCGCAUUGUCAGAGGGUAUCAGAAACGGACGAAUGUAUGGGUAUACAACAAAGUAUACGGACUUGUAAUUCCCCUAGUCCACAACCCGGAGGGAAGUACUGUACUGGAUGUGCCUCUCGUGUCAAACCCUGCUCGUUAUGCUAG